UUUUGACACUGGCCAAAACCACGUUGUCCAAGCCGAAUCACAGGGCUCACUGAUCCACCUGUACACUGUUUGCAGACCAGAUAGUGGGAUAUUACCCGUGGUGUUUUUAUGCGCAGAUAAGGUUGCGACAAGGCCAAUAGAUUAAUACUGCUAAGGAGGGAGAAGCACACUGAGAGAAGAGGGAGAGAUGACGUCUGCUCCUGACAAGACGCCGGACCUCAAGGCAAAGACGAAAAGAACAGCGGUGAAGAGGUCGAGAAACGGAUGCUUCAACUGCCGCAAGCGGAAGAAGAAGUGCGACGAAGUUAGACCGUCGUGCUCUACUUGCACGGCGAGAUGUAUCGAAUGUAUCUGGCCGCAGGGCAAGGAGAAGCUACCCAAGGAGUAUAAGAUACCGCCGGCGAACCCAAAGCUCCGUAAGGAGAGGAAGGUGCCCUUCGAAGUGAUACCAUACAACGCCCCGAAGCCUUCAAAACACACUGAGCGUGAAUCGCAGUGGUCGGAGACGCCGCUCUCUGAUUUGCCGCUGUUGCUAUCCACGGUGAAGUCACCGUCACCUGAAGAGUACGAAUCACUCGACACCGAGACGUGUAUGGUGGUUUCGAGAAAUGGACCUGACCAGAUAAUAAACAACGUGAUACAGACUCCGCCACUGACGUUGCGUCCAUCACAGAGGCAACUAUUUAUAGAUGUCUGUGUGAACGGAUUCAUCAAGUCGUUGGGACCUCAAUAUACCCACCCACUGUUAACAACAAGUGCGACUUUCACACCUCUGAUAUCUCGUAAUAAAGUGAUUGAGAACGUGGCUGAGGCCUGCGGUUGUGCCUUCCUCAGCUGGUCUAAUCCAGAUCUUACUGAGCUCAGUUUCAAGAAGUACAGGACUGCAGUGACAGUCUUGAUGAAGUACGUGGAUAGCAAGCCGAUAGUUAAAGAAGAUGAGAUUUGGCUGGGUGCUGCUUUCCAAAUGCUGUGUUUGGGUGCUAAGAUCACUUGGAAUUGUGACAACAAGAUCUGUGUUACUAACUUGAAGAACUCUUACAAACUCAUAAAGGCCAAAUUACAAAGAAGACAGAGGAAGUUGCAACAGGAGAGGCUCCAAGGUCCCAAAUUACCCAAUGACGGUAUGUUUCAGGACAUCACGUCGGAUAGCCUCAAACUGGAGGUGAGAAACACUUUGAUUGGUUAUGAAACUGCUCGGAAAAGUGCUCUUUUUGAAAAGCAAUUCGAAAGAAUGUUUGUAGAGAGCUUUAUCUACAAUUUUUCAGUCACGAUUCUCACAACUGAUGACAUCAUGGGUUUGCCUAACGUGUUUGAGGUAUUUGACACGUUGAAAUCAUACGUCAAGACACCGCUAUUCAGCUGUGAUGUGGUUUGGAUGAAUAACCCAGUCCUGGGAGCAGCUUUUGAUGCAUUUGAGCUUGCUGCCAAGGCCUCGUACUUAUUGAGAACUGAACGUACACCUUGGUCGGUAGCUUGUGCGAUGAGACUGUUGGAAGUUACCAAAGUUCACAAACUACCGGUUAUUCCGCCAGAAAUCCGUUGUGAUGAACAAAAAUUCGCCAACUUGAAUGACUCUGUUAAUAUUGCCGACAUUGUUAUUAGAACUGCGAAGAUUGUGCUUCGUAAAGUCCUUGAUCCUGCUCUAUCUGAGUAUGACCCUGAAGUUCAAAAGGAUGUUGACCAUGUUCUUUCAUGCUUGUUGCAUAUACCGGCACACUCGCCGAUAUGGGUCAUCUCAACUUGGCCCAUGUUCAUCACUGGACUGAGUACGAUCGAUCUGAACCAAAGGGAGUGUAUAAUGAAUGUCUUGUUCAAUGCCGCAGAGUUGAUUCACGGACGGUGUAUCAGUUCAAUAAUCGACCUAUUGCACCUCAGUUGGGGCUUGGGAACUAGAACCAGUCUGAAUAGUCCAUUAACGGGACUCGAUGUGUUGCUGGAUCCUCAGCUUUUGUCCACAGUAUUUCUAUAACGAUUGAAUGACGUGUUGAUUUAGGAGAAGAAGGUGUAGGUAUCAUAUAUCUCAAUAUGG